UCAGCGCCCGCUGUCCGUAGGAUGAAGAGGCCGCCCGCCCGCCCGCCCUCGCCAUGGAGCCCGGCCCGGCCCUGACCGCCCGCAGCCGCCCCGGCCGCCCCGCAGCCGCCGCCGCACGCGCCCUAUAGCAGCAGCCCCGCGUCCCGCCCGCAGCCUAUUUAAUUUUGUACCGUUAUUUAUUGUAGCACCUCCGUACCUCACGCUCUGUUUACAUCCCCCACCUCCCCGUUCCCGAGCCCCCUGGCCGUCCCCAAACCACUAGCAGCAGCCAUGGAUUCGGUCCCCACCAGCGUCCCGGCGCUGGCGGAGAGCGGCACGGUCCCGGCUCCGCUGACCGGCUUCCUCUGGAUGCUGGUGCUGGGCUUCAUCAUCGCCUUCGUCCUGGCCUUUUCCGUGGGCGCCAAUGACGUGGCCAACUCCUUUGGGACCGCGGUUGGCUCAGGUGUGGUGACGCUCCGGCAGGCGUGCAUCUUGGCCAGCAUCUUUGAGACAGUGGGCUCCGUCCUCCUGGGGGCCAAGGUCAGUGAGACCAUCCGCAAGGGGCUGAUCGACGUGGAGAUGUACAACUCCACGCAGGAGCUGCUCAUGGCGGGCUCCAUCAGCGCCAUGUUUGGAUCGGCCGUGUGGCAGCUUGUGGCUUCGUUCUUGAAGCUUCCCAUUUCGGGUACCCAUUGUAUUGUUGGAGCAACGAUUGGCUUUUCCUUGGUGGCCAAAGGGCAGGAAGGUGUCAAGUGGUCUGAGCUGCUAAAAAUCGUGUUGUCCUGGUUCAUCUCACCCCUCCUUUCUGGCAUCAUGUCUGCUAUCCUGUUCUUCCUUGUCCGUAGGUUCAUUCUUCAUAAGGCGGACCCCGUCCCCAACGGCUUGCGAGCUCUGCCCGUCUUCUAUGCCUGUACCGUGGGGAUCAACCUCUUCUCCAUCAUGUAUACCGGCGCGCCCUUGCUGGGCUUUGACAAACUUCCUCUCUGGGGUAUCCUCCUAAUUUCGGCGGGGAGUGCUGUUGUCUGUGCUCUCGUCGUCUGGUUCUUUGUAUGUCCGAGAAUGAAGAAGAAAAUCGAACGAGAGAUUAAAUCAAGUCCUUCUGAAAGCCCCCUGAUGGAGAAGAACAGCAGCCUGAAGGAAGACCACGAGGAGCCCAAGGCGCCUCUGGGGGAUGGUACGGGCAAUGCCAAGAGCCCCAUAGCCGAGGCGGUGUCGCCUGCGCCGCACCGGGUGGCUGUGGAGGAGAGAACGGUGUCCUUCAACCUGGGGGACUUGGAGGAGGCCCCGGAGCGCGAGAGGCUCCCGAGCGUCGACCUGAAGGAGACCAAUGUUGACAGUGCAGGAGCUGUGCAGCUGCCCAACGGCAACCUCGUUCAGUUCAACCAGGCUGUGAGCCACCCCAUGAGCUCCAGCGGGCAGUACCAGUACCAUACUGUGCACAAGGACUCUGGCCUCUACAAGGAGCUGCUGCAUAAACUGCACCUCGCCAAAAUGGGGGACUGCAUGGGGGACUCGGGGGACAAGCCCCUGCGCCGCAACAACAGUUACACAUCCUACACCAUGGCCAUCUGCGGCAUGCCCCUGGACUCUUUCCGGGCCAGGGAGGGUGAGCCCAAGGGCGAGGAGAUGGAGAAGCUGACCUGGCCCGCAGCGGACACCAAGAAGAGGGUCCGCAUGGACAGCUACACCAGCUACUGCAACGCGGUGGCGGACACACACCCCGCUGCUGACGUGGAUCUGAACGCUGCCCAGGUGGAGAUGGGCAUCGGUGACAGGAAGGGCAGCAGCAGCUCCCUGGAGGAAUGGAAUGACCAGGACAAGCCCGAGGUGUCCCUCCUCUUCCAGUUCCUGCAGAUCCUCACCGCCUGCUUUGGCUCUUUUGCUCACGGUGGCAACGAUGUCAGCAAUGCCAUCGGCCCUCUGGUUGCACUCUACCUCGUCUAUCAGACGGGUGACGUGGCUACAAAAGUGGCGACUCCCAUCUGGCUGCUGCUGUAUGGCGGCGCGGGGAUUUGCAUUGGUUUGUGGGUGUGGGGUCGGAGAGUCAUCCAGACGAUGGGCAAGGACCUGACUCCCAUCACACCGUCAAGUGGCUUCAGUAUCGAGCUGGCGUCUGCCCUGACCGUGGUGAUUGCCUCCAAUGUGGGCCUCCCCAUCAGCACCACCCACUGCAAGGUGGGCUCGGUGGUCUCCGUGGGCUGGCUGCGCUCCAGGAAGGCAGUGGACUGGCACCUCUUCCGCAACAUCUUCAUGGCCUGGUUCGUCACCGUGCCUAUCUCGGGCCUUAUCAGUGCCGCCAUCAUGGCUGUCUUCAAGUACGCCAUCCUGGGAGCGUGAGGCACCCGCUGCUGCCCGCGGCCCUGGGCUCCUUGCCGCUCGCGCUGUGCCUGCUUUCCGCUGCCGACCGCGAGGGAGCCAGGCGCGCUUCCCCGGCGCCUCCCGACGUGCUGUAGGCCUGCCCUCGUCCACGGGGCUCCCCUCCGUUCUGCCUAGUGUUGUCACUGAAGUAUCUUAUUUUUUAAUGGUUUUGGCGCUAAGUUUCUAGAAAGGGUGUGCGGCUGUCAGCCUGUCCUGCCCUAGGUGUGGCUGUCCCCCUGCUCUGUAGCUUUAGAUUAGCAGUGAGAGGGGAGGCCACUUUAUUUUUUUAUUUCUCAUGACUUAAUUCAGAUCCCGUUGCAGUGAUUCCUCCCCAGAAGGAGGGCUGGUGCUGCUGGUCCUCACCCUAGGUGGGGGGCUGGGGGCCACGGGCUGCGCUGUGCUCAGCUUUGCCUCCAUCCGCAGUGGUGACGCUGCCCCAUGUCCCCCCGGGCUGGGGGGCAGCCCUGGGCCCCCCCUACACCGCAGCCCUUGCUCACUGCUGCUACCUCGGACUCAAUAAAGAAUUCCUUCGUACGCCAA